AUGAAGUCUGCAUAUCCAGGGGCGGACUGACAACUCAUGGGGCCCCCGGGCAUUAGGGGAUCAUGGGGCCCCUGUGUCCUUGCCCAAACUCAAAAAAGCCUAUGAAAAGGUACCAGGGGCAUCUCAUGGGGCCCCCUACUGACCCCAGGCCCUCAGGCAGUGCCCGAGUUUUCAAAUGGUCAGUCCGCCCCUGCGCAUAUCAAACCAAUCAGUAGAUUUAGACAAUUGCAUUCGAAUUUCAGAAGGCAGCUAUAUUCUUUCUAUUUUAUUCUAUUCUAUUUUAAUCUUUUCUAUUUUUUUAUUCUAUUAUUUUCUAUUCUAUUAUUUU